UUAGAGUGGAACCUUGGUUAGCGACGUUACUUCGUUCCAGAAGUUCCGACUCGAACCGAAAGGGACAUCAACUGAUGCAAAUUUUCCCGCAAGAAAUAAUGUCAGCCCAAGUCAUCUGUUCAAGAAAGUCAAAAAAUGUUAACACAAAACACAUUUUUAUAGUUUUGCAAUUACGGUUUUCCAUGCAGAAAACAAUUCAAAAUGCAUAUAAGUGAUGAAUGGAUACAAAGGAAAGGUUACUUUUACUUCUUUUAAGACGUGAUUCUUCACGUGGCUGAAAGCAAGAAGGGUGUUGGUGGUUGAUCUCGCUGCCACAUGGUGUCUUUGGGAGCAGUCACAUCUUCAAUGAAGGAGCUUACUUGUGAGGAUCAAGUCUGCAAGCAAGUCUAUAAAAGGACACCGUGACUCUCUAUCAAUUUAAACAUGCACACAAUUUAAUUUCAUUUAUUUCAAACCUGUAUGCUCAUAAAUUCAAACAUUGAAUGUUCAAAAAUGAAAAAAAAUAUCACUUGAUGGAUCAGUCAUAAUUUCAUAAUAUUCAAAAAGGACCAUAAGAAGUAAUAUACUUAUUUAAUCCCGACUCCUCUCCAAAAGUCCUUCAAUAUUCAUUAAUUCACUGUCUCCACACAAAUAUGCAACAUAAAUACACUUUACUACGUAUACUACAUGUGUGGCUUCAAAAUAUAUUAAUUUUACAAUACAUCACAGUUUUAACAACUCAAACAUAAAUGUCAGUACUUCUUUCCUUAAAUCAACCAUUCUCCCAGAAACUACAGCCAUUGGAAUUAGCAUGCUGUAGUACUUCCUCCCAACCGCAUGGUGGUGCUGUGGACAUUUAUAUAAAAAAAUAUAUUAAUUUUACAAUACAUCACAGUUUUAACAACUCAAACAUAAAUGUCAGUACUUCUUUCCUUAAAUCAACCAUUCUCCCAGAAACUACAGCCAUUGGAAUUAGCAUGCUGUAGUACUUCCUCCCAACCGCAUGGUGGUGCUGUGGACAUUUAUAUAAAAAAAUAUAUUAAUUUUACAAUACAUCACAGUUUUAACAACUCAAACAUAAAUGUCAGUACUUCUUUCCUUAAAUCAACCAUUCUCCCAGAAACUACAGCCAUUGGAAUUAGCAUGCUGUAGUACUUCCUCCCAACCGCAUGGUGGUGCUGUGGACAUUUAUAUAAAAAAAUAUAUUAAUUUUACAAUACAUCACAGUUUUAACAACUCAAACAUAAAUGUCAGUACUUCUUUCCUUAAAUCAACCAUUCUCCCAGAAACUACAGCCAUUGGAAUUAGCAUGCUGUAGUACUUCCUCCCAACCGCAUGGUGGUGCUGUGGACAUUUAUAUAAAAAAAAAUGCUUGUGUGACGUCACGACACUGGUUGGUUUGUUUUGAAUUGUACCGCGACUUCUGCGUUACCAUUAAAUGAAACAUUUAAAAGUAGAGUAAUGCUCUGAUUAAGUGGCUGUUUCACUGCACGUUAUUUAAACAUUUCACUUUUUACACCAACAUGUCUGUCGGAGAGGACGAAACGCGUCAGCGACUAAAGGCAGCUGUACAUUAUACUGUUGGUCGUCUGUGUCAGAAGAUUGGAGAGGAACACCGAACGGAAUUUAGCCGGCAGGUCGUAGCCGCAAUAGCAGAGACUACCUUCAGACAGUGUGAUGUCUUUGCUAAAGACUUGGAGGCGUUUGCAAAGCAUGCUAAAAGAUGCACGGUGUCUGCAGAGGACGUGAAACUUUUGGCUCGUCGCAGUACCGCGCUGUCAGUCUACAUACAGAAUAAGAGUGAAGAACUGGAACAAGAGCAGAGGGCUUUGAAAAAGAAGAAUACCGGGAAGAGGAAGAGCAGAGACACUGAGGAGAACAGAGAAUAAAAAACAGGCAGGUCUUUCCUUGUCCUCAGAGUCUUCCCCAGCAUUUUUAAAUAAACAAGAAAUGAACAAAGCAACAUUUAGUCCACAUCAUCUGGUAAACGGGUGUCUUAUGCACCUGCAACACUCAUACAUUAAAUCUGUCUUAGACCUGAGAGAGGACCUAAAGAUAUAAAAUAGGUUUUUAGAAAAGCAAACACCAGCAGUGACCUGUCCAAGGAUUUGCCAGGCAGUCGUCCAAUCAGCAGCACACAAACAUUAUCAAAGCCUUUUAUGAAAAUACAAACACCCCUCUUACUGAAGCACACAAGCAGAGGAAACACAAGCUAAGAGAAGCAUGAAAAAGACAGGUACUACCAUGUCUCUCUGAGAAGGUCACACCACACUCAAUGUGUUGGAUGCUGCAUCUUCGUCCUUCAGCCUGGGAUCAAAUGGAGACCUCGACCAGCAGAGCCCAAGGUCCCUAGAUACGUGAAUCGAAUUAGAUGUUUUAUUCCGCAAAGCGACUCAAUCAACUAAGCAUCUAUUCAAAUGAACUUUAUUCGACAACUCCCUUCAUUUGACAUUUUUCCAACACCUCACAAACAUCAAGAGCUACAGGGGGAGGGGGACAUUGGACAUACCACUCCACGUUCUCACACCUGCACUCGUGUCCCCCCACCCUCCUAGAGUCUUCAGUCGGUGUCAUCCACAUCAAGUACACACUUACAGAUCAGGAACAAGAAACAGCACACACCAUACAGCAUUCAAAUCAGAUAAUACAAGCGUUACAAAGAGCACAACAUUCCAUACAUUUCUGUAGUUUGUCCACACAUUAAGAAUAAAGGGGAAUCUUGCAAAGAUUUAAAAAAAAAAAAAAAAAAAAUCUUGAAGUACUAAUUAAAGGAUGUCCGUGUUAGGGGGAGGAGCUCGUAGCAUCCGCAGCUUCCACUCACACACUCAGAAAGCAGUCAGAAUUUGGGCUCGUUCACGUUCACAAGCAGUCCGCUCCACGCGCCUCUCAGUCCGCUCACUCAUCGCUUCGCCACAAGCCACCCGCAAUCGCACUCAUCAGUUCCUAAAAAAAUGUCACUUGAGUGGAUAUAAAGUGAAAACACCCACCGUCUGUGAGAACAUGCGGAGUGAAGCCGUUGUUUGAUGGCAUAGCAUUUACAGGUGGGAAGAGAGUGAUACCAAUACGGCCCCGACAAUGCUGCCAUAUUGGAGCUUCCUCGCAGGGAAACGGAAGGUGGAAGUCAACUGCAGAAGAGAUUUCAAUGAAGGCUUUUCUUUCUACUUGACUGCAAAUAAAGUUGGACUUAAAAACACUGAAGUUUCAACCAGAUUCUCCCCAAUGCAAGAUUGCCUUAAAAAUGAUGACAAAGCUGGAUAAACAUUCAUGCAUCAGCACGCUACACAAUACAUGCAUUAGAGAAUCCAGUUGAAAUGGAUACAAACAAGACAUGAAAAAUAGCACUUCCUGGUAAACAACUCACGUCAACACUAAAUUAAAUCUUUAGCUUUUCCUCCAAAUCUACAAAACAUCUUCCACAAAAGUGUUUUUACACCAGAAAGAAACGUUUGAAAAGACUCAUCCUUCUCACAAUACUUACCACACGUACACACUUAGCUUACAUACCCCACCCAGACGACUUUGACUCCAUACUGGACCCAAACCCUGAGCUAAACCCACUCCCGCUGCUUGUGGAGUUGGAGCCCGUCCCCCAACCCAGGCCGGCCGAGCUGGCGCCGUAGUUGCUGUUGCCUGCGCUGAAAGACUGGCCCUGGUCUCGAUUAGAGCUGGCGCCGCUGGAGGAGCUGCCCGAGGUAGACGACUGCUGCUGGCUGGCCAGCAUUCCCAUCAUCCCCCAGCUACUCUGCAGGGCCGCCUGCGCCGCCGCCAUCAUGGCUGGGUUCAGGCUGAACGAGCCGAAAUUGGCCAGGUUACUGUUGGUGCUGCUCCCUAACCCGCUACGGCUGCCCCCGAAAGCCUGAGCGCCGAAACCGUUGCCAAACCGUGCUGUGCGAUCAAACUGCCUGUUGCCGUGUUUGGGCUCGGCGUUUGAGAUGUGGACACUGACACCUUUGAUGAUGAGGUCCUCACCACACAGAGACUGAGCGACCUGGCAGGGGGAAAAAUAUUAGUUAGCCAAGUCAACAUGUGUUUAUACUACAAUAUACAGUGGUGUGAAAAAGCGUUUGUCCCCUUCCUGAUUUUUUUUUUUGUAUGUUGGUCACACUUAAAUGUUUCAGAUCAAACAAAUUUAAAUAUUAGUCUAUGACAACACAAAAUGUCAUCCAUCUAUCCAUAGUCUAUGCCACUUAUCCUCAAUAGGAUCACGGGUAUGCUGGAGCCUAUCCCAGCUGACUUCAGGCCAGAGUGCAACGACGACUCAUCCAAGAGGUCACAAAAGACCCUUCAACAACAUCCAAAGAACUGCAGGCCUCACUUGCCUCAGUUAAGGUCAGUGUUCAUGACUCCACCAUAAGAAAGACACUGGACAAAAACAGCCUGCAGAGUUCCAAGACAAAAACUACUGCUGAAGAAAAAGAGCAUUAAGUCUGGUCUCAAUUUUGCCAAUUUUCCCCAAGACCUUUGGGAAAACACUCUGUGGCCUAACGAAACAAAAGUUGGACUUUUUGGAAAGUGUGUGUCCCAUUACAUCUGGCAUGAAAGUAACGCCGCAUUUUAGAAAAAGAACAUCAUACCAACAGUAAAAUACGGUGGUGGUAGUGUGAUGGUCUGGGGCUGUUUUACUGCUUCAGGAUCAGGAAGACUUGCUGUGAUAAAUGGAAUCAUGAAUUCUGCUGUCUACCAAAAAAUCCUGAAGGAGAAUGUUCAUCUGUUCGUAACCUCAAGCUGAAACCAAUUCGGGUUCUACCUCUGUAUGGCUGAAGAAAAACAAAUUGAAGACUUUGGAGUGGUCUAGUCCAAGUCCUGACCUGAAUCCUAUUGAGAUGCUGUGGCAUGACCUUAAAAAGGCACUUCAUGCUGGAAAAGCCUCCAAUGUGGCUGAAUGACGACAAUUCUGCAAAGAUGAGUGGGACAAAAUUCCCCCACAGCGCUGUAAGAGACUCAUUGCAAGUUAUCACAAACACUUGUUUGCAGUUGUUGCUGCUAAGGGGGGCCCAACCAGUUAUUAGGUUUAGGCAGCAAUCACUUUUUCACACAGGGCCAUGAAGUUUUGAUUAUUUUUCUCCCUUAAUAAUAAAAAGUUUCAUUGAAAAACUGCAUUUUGUGUUCAUUUGUGUUGUCAUUGACUAAUAUUUACAUUUGUUUGAUUUGAAACAUUUAAGUGUGACAAACAUGCACAAAAAAAAGAAAUAAGGUAAGUGGGAAACACUUUCUCACACCACUGUGUACUUUUUCUUUGUUCUUUGACAAUUAUGGCUGUGUGUUGACUCAUUUUCAGUGGACAGUAUAUCUAUAUUGCUAUACAAGCUGUACACCGCCACUAUAAAGUACGUUAGAUCCCCACCAUUCUCAGGAGUUACAGAGACCAGCAAAUAGUGAAAUAACACGAGUAGGCAUGGCCCGGUUAUCGGUUUCAAGGUAUACCACAGUAUGAAAAAGUCAGUUUCAAAACCACAAAAAUUGUGCAUCCUACCAUUUUUAACAAUAUGAUUCACAGUGUUUGUCGCAACAAGGAGGAGGUCAUCCGGAAGUAAAAAAGGAGGGAUGUUCAGGUUGUCUUUAUAUCCAAUGUUUAUCAUGAGGAACGACGUUGGAACCACAAUGUAGCGAGGGAGGACUGUAUUAACUUGUCUUCACCUUGCUGCAAGUU